CAAACCCGCGCUGUCAGUAAUGUUCGUCCUUCACAGUAAUCUGGAAACUGUCCGAAAUCGGCCGAACCUUGAGCCAAGAUGGUGUCCUGCAUGUCUGAUUCCAGCAGGACUCUCCCUUGACAGAUAGGUUUACAUUUGGCUUGGUGAAUCAACUCCAGGUGCGCCUCUCGAAAUUCAUUCAUGAUUUUGACUAGUCGACGUCUUAAUGUGUUUUGAUCUUAAAUGUAAUGCCGUAAAUAUAGAUCUUUAGUGCACCUUAUUGGUUCUUCUAGACGUGUUUACUGUCCAAAGUAUCAACUUGGUCAGAGACUGUCCCUUGACAAGCAUAACCUGAGGCCAUCAACAGUGUCAUCCUCGUUAAGGAUGGUGCGGGUGGUGUUCCUGCACCCCGACCUCGGCAUCGGCGGGGCCGAGCGGCUGGUGGUGGACGCGGCGGUGGCCCUCCGCUCCCGCGGCUGCCAGGUGGAGAUCUGGACGGCGCACUACGACCCCACGCAUUGCUUCUCCGAGACGCUGGACCCCGGUCUCCCCGUGGUGUGUGUGGGGGACUGGCUCCCCAGGAGCGUAUGCGGCUACUUCCACGCCCUCUUUGCCUACCUGCGCAUGAUCUACGUGGCCCUCUACCUACUGCUCUUCCACCGUGAGGGCUUCGACGUGGUCUUUUGUGAUCAGGUGUCUGCUUGCAUCCCUGUGCUCCGGCUGGCGCGUCACAGGAAGAAGGUGCUGUUCUACUGCCACUUCCCCGACCAGCUCCUGACGGCGCGGCGCUCCUUCCUGAAGCGUGUCUACCGUGCGCCGCUGGACUGGCUGGAGGAGACCACCACCGGCAUGGCUGACCGCGUGCUCGUCAACAGCCGCUUCACUGCCGGCGUCUUCCGCCAGACGUUCCCGCGCCUGAGGGACGUGCACACUGAUGUCCUCUACCCGUCCCUCAACCCGGUGUCCUUCGACAUCCCUGUCAGCAAGGGGCUAGAUGAGCUGGUGCCCGAGGGUCGGAGCGUGGUGUUCCUCUCCAUCAACCGCUACGAACGCAAAAAGGACCUGCCUCUGGCACUGCACGCCAUGGCCGCCCUGCGAGACCGCCUGGGGGAGGGAGCGCUGUGGAACAAGGUGCACCUGGUGAUGGCGGGCGGCUACGACUCGCGCGUGCUGGAGAACGUGGAGCACCACAAGGAGCUGCGGGCGCUGUGCCGCUCCCUGGGCCUGGAGGCCCACCUCACCUUCGUGCGCUCCUUCUCCGACAUGCAGAAGGUCAACCUGCUGCGCCAGUGCGCCUGCGUGCUCUACACGCCCGCCAACGAGCACUUUGGCAUCGUGCCCGUGGAGGCCAUGUACUGCCGCUGCCCCGUGGUGGCGGUCAACUCCGGGGGCCCGCUGGAGUCCGUCGCCCACGAGGAGACGGGCUUCCUGUGCCCGCCCUCGCCCGGGAGCUUCUCGGCGGCCAUGGAGAGGUUUGUCAGGGAGCCGGAGCUGAAGGGGGUGAUGGGUGAGGCGGGCAGGGAGCGGGUCAUCAACUGCUUCUCACUGCAGGCCUUCACCGAGCAGCUGCACAGACACAUCCUCAGCCUGACCACGCAAUGAUCAUGUCACCGUGGCAACUGACAAAACAAACCAUCAAAAACGGUCAGCCCAGGACCCAACAAAAAGGGCACCCAUGCGUACAUGUGCAUGUGCACACAGAUGCACACACAAAUACAGUACACAUUCUGACACUUGGGCCAUGUGUGGCACUACAACAUCAAGUUCAACUCACAUUUAUAAUAAUGAUAUUAUGUAAUGAUAUUUAAAAUGUCAGGGUUUGCACUGAAGAAUAUUGAAAUUUCAUGUUCACCCCGGGAGUAGGAGUAGUGUAGUAGGCAUUCCAGGGAAGUUUUAGGGGUGAACUUGAUGUUACUGGAAACUCUCAAGAUGACCCAUUGCUUUUUGUGUCAUACUUUUCUUUUCAACUUUUUGACAUUGAUGUAUGUCUCUGAUUAGAAAAUGUAGUCUCCGUCUUUGUAUGUUCCUUUUCAGACGUCUGUUGUUUCUGUCAUAGAACUGUGUGUGUGUGAGUGAGAGAGAUGGAGAGAGAAAGAGAGAGAGAGAGAGAGAGAGAACAUCUGUGUUCAUCAGUGAGUCUAGUGUGCGUAGCUCCCUGAAUUCCUCUGGGACUGGUGUUGGAGAAGCGGCAGGCUGGUGGAAUCUGCCCCCAUUAGGGACAAGAGAAGCCACCGCAGCUGCAGCAGAAGGGGACAAUAGUCUCUGUCCUAACCGCCUCCCUCCCCUCCCCUCCUCUCCCACCACCACCCUCAAACACACACCUACCCCCACCUUCAAUUCCGCUGCUCCCCCGCAAAGCACGCGUGGCGCACCUAACGAACUGUCUGAGCCAGCCAAAAGAAGAAGCAGUCUGCGUAUCGAUCCCGCUGUCUCCCAGCCACGAGCCACGCCGCACACCCCCCUCCCCUACAGCUAACCCCCACCCCCCACCCCCUCCAGCCAUUAGAGCUCCGAGCUCGAGGAUCAAUAGGGGGGAAUUCUGGCGGUCCGGCGGGCAGACGAGAGGUCCGGGUCGAUGGGAAGAAUAGAGCGGAUGCUUGUGGCAGGGCAAGAACAUUCCUGCCUUAAAGUUUCGAUGGCGGGCAGCAAGUCCACCGCAGCCUGCACACGGUACAUAUUUACUGUGUUAAUUCAACACUUUGAGAGUCGGAUUUCACACUCAUAGUGUUGGUCCUAUUCUCCCAGUGUUGAAUGAGAAUAGCAACAUUUACUGUGUAAUGGGCUAUGUGAGGUUUGUUACUUGUGUACUUUCUACUUCCUCUGAUAGAUUUGUCUACUUGUUUUGACGCUGGUGUGUCAGGGGGGUCAUGAUUAAAUGAAACCAUGUACGUAUAUUAUCUGUUCAGGGAUCUGAAUGUAUUGAUGACCAAAAAUGAAUCAGAAUGUGAGCAUUCAUUAUUAAAGUUGCGAUCCGA